UGUAAAUAAUCAAAGGAAAAUGGCGACUGUGUACGUCUGGUUGCUGGUCUUAGGGUCUGUGGUCUUAUGCAACCUCGUCAAAAUGUUGUUACCUUCAAUUUCCUCCUAUCUGUCCAAAGUUUUCCAGAAGAAUGUGGAAGAUGAGAUAGAGAUCAGGGCAGCGAUUCAGACCAUGAAGAAGGAGCUUUCUUCCAUCAACAUGAUGGACGAGUUCGCCAGGUACGCACGGCUCGAGCGCAAGAUCAACAAGAUGACGGACAAGUUGAAGACUUAUGUUAAAUCCAGAACUGGUCAGCAGACCAAAAUCAAAUGGGUCGUCAACAUAGUGUAUUAUAUUCUGCAGGCUGUGCUGAUGAUCUCUCUGAUCUGGAAAUACUAUGCUGACCCAGUGACGGUCUUGCCCAGUAAGUGGAUUUCUCCUCUAGAGCGAAUGGUGGCCUUCCCAUCUGGAUUAGCAGGUGGUGUUGGAAUCACAUGCUGGCUCGUUGUUUGUAACAAGGUAGUGGCUAUAAUUCUCCAAGCGGUGGCUUGACAGCCUAAACUUGACUGUCUACUUUGAGACCAAAUUAUGCAAUUGUUGUUGCUAUUUAGUUCAAUUUAAUGAGAAGAUUUGUAAAUAUUUUUCAUACACUGGCCUUGAUAUUUAAAUGUUUUGUGUUGAGACUGUUUCUUUUUUUUUGUUUCACUGCUUUUUGAUAAACCAGCAGGGUUGUUUUGUUGCAUUUUCUUUCUUUCCAAAUCCAUUCCUCUUCAUGAAACUAGUGUGAACAAUUGUGGCUUAAUACUUUGGUUACAAUUUGUUCGUAUUCUGAAGGAUUCAAGCCAUAUCAUUAUUUUACCUACAUGACAGUGUUCUGCUUUCCAUUUGUGUUUGUCGGUUGCCUACUUUUCUAACCCUCUUCCAGAAUUAUUCUUGUGGUUGACAUAUCAAUAAAACCAUGCCAAACAUUA